AUGACGGGCCAACAACUGCCGCGGCCCAACAUGCGAGUGCUCGACCCGCUGGGGCAGAUCCACAUCGGCGCGGCCGACUUUGAGCAGCUGCAUGAGCUCAUGCAGCCCGACUCACCCUGCGACGACGCCCCCAGGACACCGCCCUCCUCUGGCGCUGCCACCCGCGACCCCGCGUCAUCCCCACAGAAGCAAAAGUUCUCGCUGCUGGGGAUGGGCGAAGGCCAGGGAACGAGCGCGCGCAAGGCGGAGUGGCGCUCCGAAGAGGACGUCAUUAUCCUCGCCACCUUCCGCUGCGUUGGAACGCAGUGGGGCAGGAUUGCCCUCCAGUUGCCGGGCCGCACAGCCGACGGAGUGCGCAACCGAUGGCACCGGCUUCAGCGCAGACACAGCCUCGGCGAUUCGAUUGAGGGGCGGCGGAAUUUGGACGAGCUUCUCGCAGCAUGCGGCAUCGACAAGAAUUGGGCGCCCCCUCCGGAUCCCCUCGAUCCCACUGCCGAUGGCCGGCGCUCCGACCACACACGCACAAUGUGGACCAGCAGCGAGGACGCAAUCAUCUGCGAGGGGGUGCGGCGGCACGGCUUCAAGUGGCGACAGAUCGCAGCAAGUCUUUCCGGUCGGACCGACUCCUCUGUCCGCAACCGCUGGCGCCGCCUCGGGAAGGAUCACGCAGAGGCCUUUGCGACGGAUGGCACCGACUCGGCGUCGGAGAGAGAAGGGUUCGAGAUCUCGCCCGGAUCGCCGUCGUCGCAGGCGUCGCCGUCGCCCGGGUUCGGGCCGGUGUUCGGUCAGCAGAUGUCAGCCGAGCACGAUAGCCUGAGCAGGCCGCGCACGUCCGAUGCCCAGGCUGCGAGAGGGAUGGGCGGCGCGGGGUUUGGCAUGCCCAUGCUGCAGCGCUUGCGGCAGACGGCGCCGUUCUGGUCGGAGAGCGAUCUGGCGGUGAGCCCAACGGUGGUGGAGAGCAUGGGUGAGCUGCUCUAUCACCUAGACCCCGGACCUGUCUCGGGUCCGUACGUUAAGCAUGAGUUGGGCAGCGAGCCUGCGAACGGAGAGGACGAGGACGAGGAGGGGGGGAGCCGCAGCAAGCGGUUCCGGCCGACCUGGACGAGUGAGGAGGAUAUGUUCAUCGUGCGCUACGUGGAGGAGCACGGCCGGCUGUGGUCCAAGAUCGCCGAGAAGAUGGAGGGCCGAUCGCACCGCGCCGUCCGCAACCGCUGGCUUCGCAUGCAAAAGGGGCAGGCCACACGAGAGCGCCGCGGGCCCGACAACGGCUACCGUUGCCGCCGGUGCGGCGAGCUCAAGCUGGGGCACAUAUGCACGAAGAAGACGUCGGCGGCGCGGCGCUGGAACGGGUAUCCAGGCCCCGCCCCAAUACCGUCGGGUCUCACGCCGUACGCGUUUGGCCAACCACCGGCAGCGGCACCGCCGCAGGGCUUUGCCUUUGGCGCCCCACCAAUUUUCGGCCAGCCAGCCUGCUUCUUGCACAGUUUUUUAAUGGGUUGGAGCUCUUGGAGGCUCUUGGAGCUAGCCUGGUUUUGGGGAGCAUUGUUAAAAAUUGCGUUUGCGACGGCUGCCUAA